UUACAACUACGGCAGCCGCGGCUAACCACAAGUGCAGUUUCUAGUUCCCCGUUAAAUAAAAAAUAAAGUCAAAAAUAUCGGCAUAGCGCACAUGGUCCUUCAGUCAGCAGCCUUGCGUCCUUCAGCAACUAAACCACGGGUCAAAAUGAUUCGCCGUCAAGCUCGUGAACGGAGAGACUAUCUCUACCGAAAAGCUCUCCUCCUCCGCGAUGCUUCUAUAGCAGAGAAGCGCGCGAAGCUGAAAGCUGCCCUUGCGUCAGGGAAACCGUUAGAUCCCUCUGUGGCCAAUGAUAAAAUAUUGCGAGAAGAUUUCAAAUACGAUGAAUCCUUACCCACAUCCUCGAAACCGGGAGACCCUAACUCCAAAGAUUCUGACAUGCUUGACCUCGAUGACGAGUAUGCUCUCACAUCCGGCAUCGUUGACCCUCGACCCCUCAUUACAACGUCCCGUUCUCCCUCUGCGCGCCUUAGUACUUUCGCCAAAGAGAUGCGUUUACUCAUCCCAACUUCGAUUCGGAUAAAUCGGGGAAAUCUAGUCAUUCCUGAUCUUCUAGCAAGCGCCAAGGCGUCCGCACUCUCUGAUAUGAUCCUGCUACACGAGCAUCGCGGUACACCCACUGCGAUAACCGUGUCUCACCUCCCCUAUGGCCCAACGGCCAGUUUCUCGCUACAUAAUGUCAUGCUACGAGCAGAUAUUCCGAACUCUGCACGAGGAACCGUCUCGGAAAGCUAUCCUCACCUAAUAUUUGAAGGGUUUACCACCAAGCUGGGUGCUCGUGUCGUCCAAAUCCUAAAACAUAUUUUCCCGCCGCGGGAAGCAAAUGGGAAGCUCGGGAGUAGGGUUGUCACCUUUAAAAAUAUAGAAGACAGUAUAGAAGUGCGACAUCAUGUAUUCGUUAAGACUGGAUACCAAUCAGUUGAACUAGCUGAAGUCGGGCCGCGGAUGACGAUGAGACUAUUCCAAAUCCGAGGAGGAACGUUGGAGAAGGACUCCGGAGGCGAGGUUGAAUGGGCACUCAGUCAAUAUACCAGGACGAGUAGGAAGAAGGACUAUUUGUGAUGCGUGGAUUGAUUAUUUAAACCUGGCAUGAAAAUGGGCUGCUAAAAGGGAUUCUCAUGGGAUGGCGCGCAGAUAAUUGCACCGGCGCAAUGGUAGAACUGGUGAUACUGGGAUGGAGUUUUAUAUCAUUUUGCCUCACAAGCAACCUACUUUAAUAUGUUCUGGAAAUUUCAUAAUAGCACUGUUCGUUCAAUUUCUUCCCAAUACGUAAAGCAACACUUUCAUGAGCAUAGGAGUAUUGAUUUCAACUUGCUAUAUAACGAAGAAAGCAAGAACGAAGAAGAAGGGAAAACGAAAGGAAACCCAAAUGGACGAUGUAUUAAGGGACGAUAUAUUGUGGCGGACAUAUUGCUUGCGAAAACAGAAUUUUCCCAGCCCCCUCUGAAAAUUAGUAGCAAAACACCACAAAAAAAUCAAAAUAUCCACAUUUCUCCAGAACCAUUCAAUUAUCAUAUAAUUCACAUCUUUUUUCAUCAAAUAUCAUCUGAAUACAUGUCUUUCUAAUCUUUAUCAUCGAAUCCACAUAUGUCAGUCAACUUUUUUUUCAAUAUGUCUUGCAACAUCCACUGUUCUGCUGCUUUGCAAGUCUGUACAGAGACUUCUACUCUGCACCUCAGUCUCCUCAAACUAUCUAUUUCAGAAGUUUCAGAUAAUGAAGAGAAUUCAGUCAAU